AUGGAGCUCAUGACUCGAGUGUUAGAGAGCUUAAAAUGCAAAAUAUAUAAAAGGUUCUAUUGGACGGACCCCAAAAUAGUUUUAGCGUGGAUAAAUUCUCCUUCACGAAAAUGGCAAGAAUUUGUCGCGAAUAGGGUCAGCGAAAUACAUAAUAAUUCCUCACCUUCCGAAUGGAGGCACGUUGGAUCUAAAGAUAAUCCAGCGGAUUUAAUAUCAAGGGGUACAACUCCCGAACAAAUAAUAAAGUCAAAUGUUUGGUGGAAAGGACCAUCCUGGUUAAGACAAGAUCUCGAUGCGUGGCCGGGGGAGGGUGAGGAGUUAUCGUUGGAAAAUAUUCCUGAAGAGAGAAAACAUAUUGUAACAGCAAUAGUUAGCAAAAUAGAAGCGAUUAUAGAAUAUAGGAGGUUUUCCUUAUUAAAGAAACUGUUUAGAGUAGGAGCGUAUGUUCUAAGAUUUAUGUACAACAUCAAAUGCAAAAAAGAAAAGCGUAAGAAGGGAACAAUAAGUGUAACAGAAAUCAAUGACGCAAAAUUAAUGAUAGUAAAGGCAGUACAAGCUGAGGAAUUUAAAGACGAGUUAAACGCGUUAAAGGUCAAUAAUAAAAUAGCUUCAAAAUCUAGACUUAUCGCUCUCCAUCCGUUACUGGAUAAAGACGGAGUAAUAAAGGUAGGCGGAAGAUUAAAACACUCGAUGUUACCCGAAGAAAGCAAGCAUCCAAUGGUCAUUCCAUCGUCGCAUCACUUCACAACAUUGCUGAUGAUACACUACCACGAAAAAUUACUACACGCCGGUGCGCAGACUACAUUAAACGCAAUAAGGGAAGAAUUUUGGCCUAUACUCGCCAGAAAUAAAUUAAAGGGCAUUAUACACAAAUGUGUCAAGUGUCGUAAGGCCGAUCCCAAGGCUAGUUGGCAAUUAAUGGGUUAA